CUUCAGGAAGCUGUGAUAGUGAACUAAGUAGAUCUAGAGGUUGUGGUAGAAGUUGUGAUGGUGAACUAAGCGGAUCUAGAGGUCAUGAUAGAGGCUGUGGUAAUGAAUCAAGUAAAAAUCAUAGUAGUAGUCAUGAUAAAGACC